GACGACUAUUGGCUGACGGUUCCCUUCACAUGGUGAAUUAAAAUUGACAUUCAUCCAAAGGGCAGCAAUCUGUCAGUUCCACCCUGUGUUUGGUCAACGUUUAAAAUGUAAUGUAUGGGGUGUAAAGUGAAUGUAUGCAUUUUCGAUGGUUGUUUCAGCAGUCACGGGCGCGUAGAUCCAGCUUCAACAUGGGGAAAGUUUUUCUUGAGCAGGGGUGAAAAAUAGGUCACCGGAUCUCGCCUUUGUCUCCACGCGUCUGGUAUCUAACUUCAUACAUGCAUUGAGAAAUCUGGAUUUGCAACGUUUGGGAGACUUGAAACAUUCGUGAUCUUAAAGAGGUUCCAGUAUAUUUGGAGGGAUGGUGGUCAACACGGUCCACUGGUUUAGAAAGGGCUUACGCUUCCAUGACAACCCAUCACUGCUGGACUCUAUAAUCGGAGCGGAUACUCUGUGAUGCGUUUACAUACUGGAUCCAUGGUUCGCAGGAUCAUCCAAUGUAGGAAUCAGCCGGUGGAGGUUUUUGCUGCAGUGUUUGGAGGAUUUAGACGUCAGCCUUCGUAAACUUAAUUCUCGCCUCUUCAUCAUCAGGGGACAGCCCUCGGAUGUCUUUCCAAGGCUAUUUAAGGUCAGUUUUUGCCAUACGCCCCAUGAUUCCCUUUGUAGCUGUCAGUGCUAUUGGAAAUUGGCAUGAAUUGAAAUUUUGGUAUCAUGACAUCAUCUGUCAGCCUUUAAAUAUGUCCUAAUCAUUAAUCAUCGUUCUCUGUCACUCUGUAGGAUCUAAGAGUUGAAUGGAGGGCAGUCUCCUCUCACCUAUAGACGAUUUCAGGCACUCAUCAGUAGAAUGGACUUUGUGGAAACACCAGCAGACACGAUCACAGCUGAUGUCAUGGGGAAAUGUGACAUGCCCAUCCGUGAUGACCACGACGAGAAGUUUGGUGUGCCUUCACUGGAGGAACUCGGUUUUGAGACAGAAGGACUGUCCACGGCUGUAUGGCCUGGCGGAGAGACCGAAGCGCUUACUCGACUAGAGAGACACCUGGAGAGAAAGGCAUGGGUUGCUAAUUUCGAAUGUCCUAGAAUGAAAGCUAAUUCCUUGCUGGCCACCCCCACAGGCCUGAGCCCCUACCUCCGCUUUGGCUGUCUGUCCUGCAGAAUUUUCUACUUCAAACUUACAGAUCUUUAUAGAAAGGUUAAGAAGAACAGUGUCCCUCCUCUGUCCCUUUACGGUCAACUGCUGUGGCGUGAGUUCUUCUACACUGCUGCUACUAAAGACCCACAUUUUGACAAAAUGGAGGGCAAUCCCAUCUGCAUGCAGAUCCCAUUGGAGAAGAACCCUGAAGCCUUGGCGAAGUGGGCUGAGGGCCGCACUGGUUUCCCAUGGAUUGAUGCCAUCAUGACUCAGCUGAGGCAGGAGGGAUGGAUCCAUCAUUUGGCAAGGCAUGCUGUCUCUUGCUUCCUCACACGCGGAGACCUGUGGAUCAGCUGGGAAGAGGGCAUGAAGCUAGUGUUUGAGGAAUUGUUGCUAGAUGCAGACUGGAGUGUGAAUGCAGGCAGCUGGAUGUGGCUGUCCUGCAGCUCGUUCUUCCAGCAGUUCUUUCACUGUUACUGUCCAGUGGGUUUCGGUCGACGGACAGACCCUAAUGGAGACUAUAUAAGACGCUAUCUGCCCAUUUUGAGGGGCUACCCUGCCAAAUUCAUCUACGACCCAUGGAAUGCCCCAGAGAGCAUUCAGAAAAUUGCCAAGUGUAUUAUUGGAGUGCACUACCCCAAACCCAUGAUCAUUCAUGCCGAGGCUAGCAGAAUCAACAUUGAGCGAAUGAAACAGAUCUACCAGCAGCUGUCAUGCUACCGGGGUUUUGGGCUUCUUGCAACUCUCCCAUCCAACACAAAUAACAAUGGUGAUGGUAAUGAAGCAGCUUCAGGAUUAGGUCGUUUCUCGGGAGUUUAUGGCCAGGACAGCACUCUCAUAACAGUGAACCCUUCACCAGCAAGCUCUCGCGCACAGUUCCCAUCAUGUGUUGUGUCAUAUGAUCAACAGUCCGUCAACAGUGUGCAAACACAGCCUGGUGUGUACACAGUACUAGUCCAAAAAACAUUUGUAAUAUUUUGUUGUUACUCUAUAUUGUGUAUAGUUCUCCAGUGUGUCUUUAGACACAAAGGUGCAUUCCUACCUGUUUUCUGUGUCUGUGCUGUAACUGUCUUAUGACCUGUUUUGUCUUCAGGGAGUAUUUAAAAGUGUCACACCCAAGACCAAACUUCAAACAGCGCAUUAAAGAUUCAUAGGCGGGACAGUAACCGAUCAUUUCAGGCUUCUUAACCGGCAUGUAUACACACAUUUCUUGAGACAGAACCUGUUUUACCAUCCCCAUCAUCAACUUCUUCAUACUAUACCUAUGCCCUUUGUGAUUGUGUUUUUAUGCUUGAGCUAGCAGUGAGGUGUAACUUGGAGGACGGAGAAACUGUAAACUAAGCCUAGCUCAUGAACUGUGCGACAUGACAUCUUUACAGCAUUUAUAUGUUUACAUUAUUUGCAAACUGUAUAUUUAUGAAUUGUGAAGGAAAAUGUUUUGUAACUUUUGAUGUUUGAACAUGCAUUGUUGUGUUCUCAUAAUCUAAAUGUCAUGCAUCGUUUUCUCAUUCAAAUAUGUAUUUAGCAUAUAUUCCAUCUAGUGUCCAGCACUGUUUGUGCUGUUAUGUUGUUUGGCUGUGUUUUUGUUUUGUAUAACUAAAAUAUAAUGAGACCAUAAGGUUGAUCACCAGGAGUUACAUGGUUAGAAUUGAGACGUUUACGUUGAUCAACUAUUGAGAUGAGAAAUUAGACAUCGUCAAAAAGUUAUUUGAUUCAAAAAAUAUUUUCUAAAUACAGAAUAUAAGAAUAACCGGGAAAUCUGCACAAGUGCACAAGAAAGCACAAGUGAAUUUGUUUGAACACAAUUACAAAGAAUCCAAGGUUUGCUAUGUAUAUAUAAAUGUGUAUUGAAAGUAAUCCAGUCUCCAGAUCACUGUACAUAGCUUUUCUUGCUUAUUUAAAUACUUUUUUAUAUGAGAAACAAUGCUUUUUCUUUGACUUGUAAUGUGGUCUUUAUAAAUCACCAUGAAAACAUUACUAACUUUAUUGUGAGAUUGUUGAGCAUGAAUACACACAUGCAAAUCGUAUGUUAAACU